AGGAUGACGCCUAAUGUAAUGAUGGGCCCAGAUUGAAGCUCCGCCAGCCCUUGCCUGUGCACCUGCAUGUCGUCAGCUUCCUCUGAUGCCUCUGAUGAUAGGUUUGCUGGCCAUGAGUGGACCAAGAAGUCGCUGGAGCAGAAGGACAUCUUGUGGGUGGUCUUAGAAGAUGGCAGUCGGGUCCUGGGAUUGCGCUGCCGUGGAAAGGAGAAGCUCCAGCCUUGGAGGAUGGCGAAGCAAACCUUCUUGUCGCUUUUGGGGCAGAAUGCCAUGGAUGAGGUGGAGACAGACAAAGCUUUGAAGAAACAGUUGCAGGCAGUGCGGGAGAGCUUUGGCAGUGGCUGUUUAAAUCCGGUUCGGGUCCGUGGAUUGCAGGCUUUUGGCAUUGCGAACAACAAGUUGGGCUACGAAAGGGCGGCGUACUUGGCUCUGGCCGUGACGGCCAUGCUCGGUGGCUGGCGGGCCAAGGGAAAAGAGUUGCGCAAACUGAAGUCGCAAGUUGAGAUGGCCAUGCUGGCCAGCAUGCCUGUGAGUGCCUCUUCUAGCAAAAGUGAAGUUCCCUUCCAUGCCUCGUCGCACAUUCAACCAGCAGCACGGCCAUCUACGCCAAUCCCAGUCAAGGCGAUGCCGCCCAUUGCAGCGGCAUUGGCUUCAGCAUCUUCAAAAGCUCCGCCCAUGGCUCCGCCUAAUGGGACGGCAACUGCCAAAGUCAAAAUUGAAACCAAAGAGGAAAUCAAAGACGAGCUGGAGGUGAAGAUCGAGCCCAUCGAUUCUUCUGAGGACGAGUCCGGGGGUGAAGACCAGCAGUUGGAAGCCACAGGUCCGGCACCGAGAUGGCCAGAGAUGCUACGGCUUGCGCAGCAGAAUCGGGACUGGGACCCGGCCAGCCCAAAGUUUGAUGAGAGCACGUGGGGCGGCUACAUCCAGAAGAUUGAUUGUGAACAGCUUCGCUGGACCCAUGCCACCAUUGCAAACACCUUCAGAAAUGGAAAGCACAAAGGACAGCCAGUGGAGACUUUGACGAACCAGCUGCUGAGCGGCGAGAGUGCUGCGGAGGACCUGCCAGCUCUUGUGGGUGUGCAGGAUCAGCAGGGACAGGUGUGGGUCGUGAGUGGGAAUCGUCGAUUGUUUGCAUUGCGAGCUUUUGCCGACCGACUUCGGCAGGAGCAAAGGAAUUACGGUGUGGAGGUCAAGGUUGUGCUGGUGAGCCUUGCUGACAUGGCUGUGUUCCCGCAGAGCCUCUUCGCUCGCUGUAUCGAGGCUUUCAGCGGCACUGGUUAGCGCCCAAGCCUCAGAGCUGCGCCGCAGGCGCCGCAGCCGGCGAACCAACCUGGCUUGGGGAUAAAAGCUUCAGCGCCGCCACCUUCUUGCGGGAGAAUUUCAAUGUUCUGGGCGUCAAGGGGCCUUCAGGGCCUUUGGGUGGACCACAGAGGCGUGAGUUACAUGGUCACGGAGGACCAUCGCACCAGCAACUGUUUGGAAGUGGUCCGCAACAACAAUGGUGAGCUCCGGAACUACAGGGUGCAGUGGGAUGGCCAAACUUUUACAUGGCCUUCACGCAACGCAAAGUUCUUGGCAGUUGUUGUCAACAACGACACCAUUAAUUGGCUGCGUGACCACACUGGACAGAUCUGUUUCACUUGGUACCGAACCAUACAGCCAUG